GCUAUACGAACAUGAACGUUGUCAGUGCUUGGGGUAAUGAGAAUGUUUCUAUAGGUGUAAUAUGCGGUGUUAUUGUUUAUAUAUUUAUUUUGUAUUGAAUGAACUGUUCGCAAUGACUAUUACAAAUGUUGAGAUGACAAGCCGAGAUAAUUUUAUGAAUUCUUUCCAUUAUUAAGGUUGUAUGUGUUGCUCUAAUCAUUCAAUCCCAUUCGAAAAUCCAAAUGCACCUCAUAUUGAUAGGGUCUCUGGUGAACAUUAGCCUUAUAAUUUUAAGCUGUUUGCCCCAGAAAAAUAAUUAUCCACUAUAAUACUAAAACAAAUUGGCUGUUUCGCUCGUGCAACGUAUUGUUCUGGAGAGUUCCAGGUUAUAGCACUGACUUCACGAUACUAGGUUAUCGUUGAAUGGCUGGUGUACACAAAAGCAGUAUUAGUACCUCAUGUUGGCUGGCAGAAUUCUUGGAUCUUCCCAGCUGGACUGCAGGGGUAUCAUACCCAGGGAGGAAUGGAGACCGAGUCAGUAAAAUCUGCUCUGAGUGAGCAGAGUUCCAGAUCACGUCGAUCACGUAGCCACACACACCGAAAUAAUCAUCGCCUACAUUCUAAUAGAAGUACUAGGAGCACACGAAGUCAUCGGAAGGGGGACGAUCCAAUGGCACCUUUUCAAACAUCAGUGACUCUAAGUGAUGAGAAUAGAGAUGGUCAGGAGGUGAUUGAAGUCCAGAUUCUACCUCAGGAUGACAACUGGGGUGAGAACACCACUGCAGUGACAGGCAACACUUCAGAACAGUCAGAGGUUGAAGAUGUUGGGGGUGGUCAGUGGCCAGGAGAGCCAGACACGGGAUUUGGCUUUGUAUGUCACCGUUAUGUGGGUUCAGUGCUGACAGCAGUACUGUCUGUAGCAGCUUUUCUUAGUCCACUUGCCAUGGUAGUCUUGCCAAAAUUGGGUUUUUUUCCAGCUCUGAACCCAGGACCAACAGUAGGUUUACAACAGCGCCUUCAGCUCCUUUCAUGUGGUGCAGAAUGCAAAGGGCUUCUUGUAUCACUUGCCUUUAAGCUUGUGCUGCUGGCAGCUGGAGCGUGGGCCAUAUUCUUGCGACGUCCUCGGGCCACAAUGCCCCGAAUUUUCCUCUUCCGUGCCGCUGUAUUGGUAUUGGUAUUAGUAUGCACCUUUGCUUAUUGGCUCUUCUAUGUCGUGCAAGUGACAGAAGGAGCAGUAACAUCAGCGACUGGAGAGGAAGCAGUUGAUUAUAAAAGCCUGGUGGCAUAUUCAUCUAGUCUGACAGACACGCUGCUCUUCAUCCACUACUUGGCUGUGGUCCUAAUUGAGAUAAGGCAUCUGCAGCCUACGUACUAUAUCAAGGUGGUGCGAAGUCCAGAUGGUGAAAGUCGUGCUUACUCGAUUGGCCAAUUGAGUAUCCAACGUGCAGCAGUAUGGGUGUUAGAACAUUACUACACAGAAUUUCCCAUUUACAAUCCAUAUCUUGAACGUUUGCCUGUUUCCAAAUCUCGAAAAGGAGGCUCCAGUUUCAAAUUUUAUGAUGUAGAUGGGAUGAAUAACUCUUCAAUGCAGCAGAGUCAGUCUCGUGCCAUGUUGGCUGCUCAUGCCCGUCGUAGGGAUUCCAGCCACAAUGAACGUUUCUACGAAGAACAUGACUAUGAACGUAGAGUCAAGAAACGCAAAGCACGCCUCAUUACUGCAGCAGAAGAGGCUUUUACCCAUAUUAAACGUCUACAUAAUGACCAAGGUUGGCAAAAUAUGCAAGUGCCUGCAAUACCAAUGGACCCACAGGAAGCCGCUCAAGCAGUGUUUCCUUCUUUGGCUCGAGCACUGCAGAAGUACUUACGAGUCACACGACAGCAGCCUCGUCACUCUGUUGAAUCAAUCCUGGCACAUUUAGCAGAUUGCCUUAGUCAUGAUCUCACACCUCGAGCCUUUCUCGAGCCUUUUCUUGUUCCUGCACCAGUGCUUCAGAAUGAAAAGGAGCAGAAACCUGUGCAGACUUGGGCUCUUAUUUGUGAAGAGUUGCUAUCGCGUCCUAUUAGUCAUGGGAUCACAUUCCAAUUGCGUCAGAAUGAUGUGUCACUCCUGUGCCAUAUACGUGCUUUGCCUCACUUCAAUAUAACAGAAGAGGUUGUUGACCCCAAAUCAAACAAAUUUGUUCUCCGCCUCAAUUCAGAAACAUCUGUCUGACCCCAGGCAUGAAAAGACUGUUCUAGUAAGUUAUUAGCUCUCAGAAGUAAUGCUCAUGCACUAGUAUAUAAUGGUAGACUGUAACAUAAAUUAUUAAUAUUUGCAUUUAAUAUAAUUUAAUGUAAAGUAUUCAUGAAUUGUUUUUGCUGUGCAGAAACUUUAUCAUUACCAUAUUGUAAUUUUUAUACAAUCCAAGUUAAUGUGCAAUCAAUACUAUAUUUAAGAAAGUCAGUAUAAGACCGAGUACAUUUAUUCAGGUGAAGAAAUUUUAGUAUAAUGGAAAUGUAGGAUAAGUUCCCAAAAAUGAAAAAAAAAAAUUCUGUUUUUAAUUUGAUAUUUAUGCAUACAUUUCUAGUACGUAUGUCAUAUAUCAGAUUGUAAAAUACUCUUUAAAUUCCAUAAUCAUCUUAUCCCUUUUGUUAGCAUUCAGAUAGUCUGUAGUCUACCUACACUGGUUACUUAAGUGGCCCAUCCACGUACGAGUCUGGCUUGGCUCGGGUUCCAUUGAGCCAAACUCGUUUGUGGGUGUGGUGUCACUAGCCGAGUCUGCUAUGCAAGUCAAGCUCGCCGAGCCAGACUCGCAAGUCAGACUCGUACGUGGAUGGGGCGCUUUAAACUUGCAGUGAUGCUAUUUUCUCAGACUUAUUUACAAAACUGCUGUACUUUCAUUCAUGUGGAAAACAAGAAGUUGUUUAUCGUUGUGUAAUCUACAAGGCAGCCGCUUCAGUAUUAAAUGAAAUAUGCCAUCUGUUGGUCACAAUCAUAACUUGAUGUUAAAUGGAAUGGAUGGUGUUUUAUCUCAUGAGCAGACUUCAAAGCAAGUGCAAGAAUUGAAUUAUUAAUGGACACUUAUACUAUGGUGGGUACUUAAUGUAACAAUUGUACCAACAUGGGCUGUGUGACAUAGUUUGUCUAUAAAAAGUAUAUAUUAUUUUAAAUUCUGAGUGUUACAGACAUUUUUGAUGUAUUAUGAUUUAUAGUUUUCUGGUUUUAGCAACCCUGGUGUUGUAGACAACUAAUGUCAGUUUAGAUCAGGUUCAUUUCAGGAGUGUUUAAUUAUCCGGUUCAGGCCAAGUCCCUACGGUGGUUUGGUCUGCAUGAAAUUGUGUAGUUCAUUCCAGUUUUCAGUUAAUAGUCUGGUUAAGUUCAUUUUCAAAGUUUCUAUAGCCGUUUUCCAUUUAUAAGGUUCUAACAUACAUGUACUCAAACUUCCUUAUCCCAAUGUUGUUUUCUUUACCUAAUGUUGAUUAAUGAACUGAAUAUUAAAGAAAUAGCUGAAUGCCUUUUAUGAAACACAUCUUCAAAUUUAAUUACAGCAACUUAGUAAAGUGCACUUCUCUAGUAUGAAAGCUACUUACUUCAGAUAUUGUUUGUAGUGUUUUAACAUGACAUUUUACCAAAUAGAAUCUCAAAACUGUGUAAGAAUUUAGUAAUAGGAAUGCUGUAUUAUUGACUGUAAGAUGCAUUUUUGUAAUUUGUCUAUUAUUAGUAUUAUUCUAAUACUAAUCACAUUUAUAUACUUUUUAAUCAGAGUGCAAAUGUCUCAAGAAACUAUUGUGUAUAUGAAUGACAUUAUUAUAACUAUUCUACUUAAAGCGUGUUAAUCAUUUAACCAUUUGCUGCACAUUAUUUUUUUACCUCUUUCCUAAGAGAAUGCAAUUUUAAGGUAGCAAUUUAACUCAUGAAUAUUAGAUUAUUAUGUACAUAUAUAAAUAAAAAUCACACAUUACCAAUAUACCUAUCAAAUAAUCAAUGUCCUAUUUAAAAAACACUAUUUUAAAGUCUUAUAAUUGCCUGAAAUUGAGAUAUGUUGUCGUAAGUGUCAAACUUAUCAAAACCUGAAACUUAAACCAACAUGACAAUUAUGUUUUAUAUAUGUAGCACUGUACCAACGGACUACAACACAUUCUUAUAGCUUAGAGAGUGAAGUUACAUGUUGCAGCUAAAUGAAAGAAUUAUUCUUUGAUUUGGAAUAAAUCAAAUGUCACAGUAAUAGGGUUAAAUGUGUUGUGUGUGAAAUGUGCUCAUCAGUUAUUUUCACCAUACAACCAGUUCUUUUAAUCGAUUUCUUAAGAUGCAUAAUAGCCUUGUCCUCCAUGAUUCAUACUUUAAAGUUCUGAAAAUUAAAAUGUAAUAUUAUGGUUACCACCUGGUGCAUUAUGUCUCACCCAAACUUAAAAAGAAUAUAUUGGCUACAUGGGCCAGUAAUGCACUUAGUUAAGGCAGAAGUGAAUGUAUUAAAAACUCUUGUCCUUUGGUUAUAGCAUCUGGAGCUCAAUGUGUAUAUUAGAAUUUUAUUAAAUUUGUUUAAAUGAUAGUUGAAACAGAAAAUCAGCGCACCAUUAAGAAGACUGGAAAGCUGACAUGUUUUCUUUGUAUUGAAAGCUAAUUACAAUGGAGGCUCAAAUUGACCUCAUGGGUGAAUCAGGUUACAAUGUAAUGUUUAACUCUAAAUUGAAGAUAUACAAAUGCUGUUUAGGGCCAUUUCGUGAUAUAAUUGUCAUGAUAUGAAUUGCUACAUUUUCUUUUCCAUACAUUUUUGUUCUCUGGUUUUAACAACAUUUAACAGAUACAAUUGAUACAAGCACAGACUAGUGUGUGAGAACCAGCGAUGGUCUUUACCUACCAUUAAAUCUUAUGGUAUAAUAUCUCAAAGCAUGAGUGGUUUGAAGUUGCUGUUGCUGUAUUUUCUUAUUAGGAAAUUCUGUUAUAAACCAAGACAUUUAAAUUUAACAGGAGUCACACAAACAUGAUUUUCAAAAGUCCCAAAUUGUGAUUUUAAUAUGGUUGUUUAUUCACUUUUCUGUAGAAUCUAAUAAAUCCUUUGUAAUUCAGUGGUAAUACGCUGAAAUGACUCACGUGAUGGAUCCAGUUUUAUCAUCAAUUGUGAAGGCUUUUAUGAACCUUAUGAAAUAGUGCCUGAAGAGAAAGAGUACAAUCUGAUCGGAAGCCAUUCUUUUACAAAUUAUACUUCACUGUGAGGUGAACUGUAUAGUAAAGAAGUUAAGGUGCAUUUUACAUUUAAGUAAGUGACUGUAUCUGUUUCAUGGUAUGGUAUAUCCACUGUUUGUGCUGUGAAGUUCACCUUAUGAAUAACAGUCAUGUCAAAAUGGUGCUGUAUUUAAAGCACAACGUUUUAUAUAUGUGUAUUAAAAAUGAACUUCCCAGUGUUCAUCCACAAAGUAUCAUCAUUUUUUAAUGUUAUAUACAUUAAGUAUUAUAAUAAUAGCUAUUGUAAAUGUUUCUUUAUACAUAUUUUAAUAUACAUAUGAGUAUUAGAUGUGAUUUUAUAUGUAGUUAUGUUUCCACAAGGUAUUUCAGUUAUUACUAUCUUUAAUCUAAGUCUUACACAGCAUUAUUUUCCUACUGUAUGGAAACAGGCAGCAGUAGUUCCUGUUUUUUAAAAAGGGUAACUGCUACUGUUAGUAAAUUCAGCCCUUUGCUGCAAUCGUUCCCUCCCCCCAUACACAUUACAGCUAAUGUAUUUAGUCACAAUUUUCUUUGUGUAUUAGCAUCCUCCAUACUAAUGUAUUUUUAUAUUCUAUUUGUUAUUUCCUUUCUAUAUUUAUUAUUGUGUUCGUAUGCUCAUCUCUUGUGCUGUAUCUGUAAUUGGCCUUCUGGCUGUUGAUACAGCACACUAAUAAUAAAACAAUGAAUUAUGUUUAUAACACUUAGAUUUCCUUCCUUACCUAAAAUACUUAUGCUUCAGAAUUAUAAUAAUACUGCUGUAUGAGAGAAGGUAUGCAUGGUAAUGGAUUAUAACAGAAAAGAAAAUGACCACAGUAAAAUAAGUUAUUAGAAAUUAAUUUUUGUCCAACUACAUAUUUGACAGGGACAGAGAAUAUAAAUGAGGUAUUACUGGUUCUUUUUUCUUAUACUCUUUAAAUUGCCAAGCACCUGUUGUGGUAACUUGAAAAUAGCCUAUGCAUAGAAUUAAAGUUAUCAUUUCAGGAAUUUAGAUUUAUUCACAUUUGUAUGUGAUGAAAUGAGAAGUUAUUUCUAUUUUUGCAUUAUCAGAGAUUAUUUUCCAACACCUCCGAUAGAUAUACCUUGUGGAAAUAUGGUAUGUGUAUUGUGUGCAAAGUAAAAUCUAUAUUUGAGUGUAUGCUUAUAUUUAGUAUUCUGAAAUUUGUUAAGCGUGUUGUGACAAUAAGUGUAGCUUUUUAUAUAAUUCCACAUGAGAUUAGUGUACAGAAUAAAAAUACUCUCUUGGUCCA